AUGUUAACCAUGAGCGUGACACUUUCCCCUCUGAGGUCACAGGACCUGGAUCCCAUGGCUACUGAUGCUUCACCCAUGGCCAUCAACUUGACACCCACUGUGGAGCAGGGUGAGGGAGAAGAGGCGAUGAAAGACAUGGAUUCUGACCAGCAGUACGAAAAGCCACCCCCACUGCAUACAGGGGCCGACUGGAAGAUUGUCCUCCACUUACCUGAAAUUGAGACCUGGCUCCGGAUGACCUCAGAGAGGGUCCGAGACCUAACCUAUUCAGUCCAGCAGGACUCGGACAGCAAGCAUGUGGAUGUGCAUCUAGUUCAACUAAAGGACAUUUGUGAAGAUAUUUCUGAUCAUGUUGAGCAAAUCCAUGCCCUCCUUGAAACGGAGUUCUCCCUGAAGCUGCUAUCCUACUCCGUCAACGUGAUUGUGGACAUCCACGCGGUGCAACUCCUCUGGCACCAGCUCCGCGUCUCAGUGCUGGUUCUGCGGGAGCGCAUUCUGCAAGGUCUGCAGGACGCCAAUGGCAACUACACCAGACAGACGGACAUUCUGCAAGCUUUCUCCGAAGAGACACAGGAGGACCGGCUUGAUGCUCUAACAGAAGUGGAUGACUCAGGACAGUUAACUAUCAAAUGCUCUCAGAAUUACUUGUCUCUGGAUUGUGGCAUUACUGCUUUCGAACUGUCUGACUACAGUCCAAGUGAGGAUUUGCUCAGUGGCCUGGGUGAUAUGACCUCUAGCCAGGUCAAAACCAAACCCUUUGACUCUUGGAGCUACAGUGAAAUGGAAAAGGAAUUCCCUGAGCUUAUCCGAAGCGUUGGAUUACUUACGGUGGCUCCUGACGCGGUCCCUUCCAACUGCAGCGAAGCAGUUAGUGAGGAGGCGUCUCAGGUGUCUCUUUCAGCAGAUGACAGAGGUGGGUGUGAGGAAGACAGUGCGGCCACAGCGGAGGAGCAGCCAGGCUUAACGCAGGGGCUGUCAUCUUCAGGGGACGCUCUGACAAAUGCUGGACAACCCUCUUUGGAGACUGUGAAGCAAGAAUCUGAUUCCUCUUCCCAACUUGGGGCAAAGAAUCAACAGCCUCUUCCUUGUGAAAAUGCAACCCCCAAGCGAUCCAUCAGAGAUUGCUUUAAUUAUAACGAGGACUCUCCCACACAGCCCACGUUGCCAAAAAGAGGGCUUUUCCUUAAAGAGGAGACUUUUAAGAAUAAUCUGAAAGGCGCUGGUGGCAUGAAGCAGGUGGUUGAUCUCAAGCCUGAGAUGAGCAGGAGCGCGCCUUCCCUGGCGGACCCUCUUGACAGAGCUAAACUUUGCCUGGUGUUACAGUCGUCUCACCCCAGCAGACCUUCUGCUGCCAGCUACUCACAUGAGUGUUUGCACCAGGUGGGGGAUGGGAACCUUGAAAACACAGUCACAAGUCACAUUAAGGAGAUCUCCUCCAGCCUGGGGAGGCUGAGUGACGGCCAUAAAGAGAAACUUCGACUUAAAAAGCCUCACAAGACCGUAGAAGAGGUGCCUUCAUGCCAGACACCUAAACGGGACCCCAGUUCAGGCAAACAAGCCCAAAGCACUAGGAGCUCAGUCGUGCCGAAUGGAAUUCCUUCUAGCACUUCCAAGGCCAUAGAGGGGCCAGAAACAGAUUCUGCUUCCACAUCCUCACUUGAGCCGUACAACCAGAGUAGUUGGAAUGCCCAAUUGCCGGUGCAGUCAGAAACAUCCAGUUCACCACCGUUUAGUCCAAGCAGUGAGUCCUCUGCUGGCUCAGACAACGUCACGUCUGUGGUACCCCUUCUUUCAGAACACAAAAGCAAAAGAAGCUACACCUCCUCCCCAAGUCACGUCACCAGGAACGGUCAGGUUGUGGAGGCCUGGUAUGGCUCUGAUGAGUACCUAGCACUGCCCUCUCACCUUAAGCAGACAGAAGUAUUAGCUUUGAAGUUGGAAAACCUAACAAAGCUUCUGCCUCAGAAACCCAGGGGAGAAACCAUUCAGAAUAUUGAUGACUGGGAACUGUCUGAAAUGAAUUCAGAUUCUGAGAUCUAUCCAACAUACCAUGUCAAGAAGAAGCAUACAAGGCUAGGCAGGGUGUCUCCAAGCUCAUCCAGUGAUAUAGCCUCUUCGCUCGGGGAGAGCAUUGAAUCUGGCCCCCUUAGUGACCUUCCUUCUGACGAGGAGUUGUGUGUGCCUCUCUCUGGCAUGAAAAAAUACAUUGAUGAGAAGUCAGAGAGAGCUUCAUCCUCUGAGAAAAAUGAGAGCCAUUCCACUACAAAGUCUGCUUUAAUUCAGAAACUGAUGCAAGAUAUUCAACACCAAGACAACUAUGAAGCCAUAUGGGAAAAAAUAGAGGGGUUUGUAAACAAGCUGGAUGAAUUUAUUCAAUGGUUAAACGAAGCCAUGGAAACCACUGAGAAUUGGACACCUCCCAAAGCAGAGACGGAUGGCCUUAAACUGUACCUGGAGACGCACUUGAGUUUUAAGUUGAAUGUAGACAGUCAUUGUGCUCUCAAGGAAGCUGUGGAGGAGGAAGGACUCCAACUUCUCGAGCUUAUUGCAUCUCACAAAGCAGGACUAAAGGACAUGCUGCGGAUGAUAGCAAGUCAAUGGAAGGAGCUACAGAAGCAAAUCAAACGGCAACACAGCUGGAUUCUCAGGGCUCUGGAUACCAUCAAAGCUGCGAUUCUGGCUACUGAUGUGUCUGUGGAGGGUGAGGAAGGGACGGGAAGCCCCAAGGCUGAGGUUCAACUAUGCUACCUGGAAGCACAAAGAGAUGCUGUUGAGCAGAUGUCCCUCAAGCUGUACAGCGAGCAGUAUACCAGCAGCAGCAAGAGGAAAGAAGAGUUUGCUGAUAUGUCAAAAGUUCAUUCAGUAGGAGGCAAUGGGCUUCUGGACUUUGAUUCAGAAUAUCAGGAGCUCUGGGAUUGGCUGAUUGACAUGGAGUCCCUCGUGAUGGACAGUCACGACCUGAUGAUGUCAGAGGAGCAGCAGCGGCAUCUUUACAAGCGAUACAGUGUGGAAAUGUCCAUCAGGGACCUGAAAAAGACGGAGCUGCUUAGUAAGGUUGAAGCUUUGAAGAAAGGUGGCGUUUUACUACCAAAUGAUCUCCUUGAAAAAGUGGAUUCAAUUAAUGAAAAAUGGGAACUGCUUGGGAAAACCCUAGGAGAGAAGAUCCAGGACACAAUGGCAGGGCACAGUGGGUCGGGUGCACGUGACCUGCUCUCUCCUGAAAGCGGAAGCCUGGUAAGGCAGCUGGAGGUCAGGAUCAAAGAACUGAAAGGGUGGCUAAGAGAUACAGAGCUUUUCAUCUUCAAUUCCUGUCUGAGACAAGAAAAGGAAGGAACAAUGAAUGCUGAGAAACAACUGCAAUACUUUAAGUCCCUCUGUUGUGAAAUAAAGCAGCGACGUCGUGGAGUGGCCUCCAUCCUGCGAUUAUGCCAACAUCUUCUGGAUGACCGGGAGACCUGCAAUCUGAACGCGGACCACCAGCCCAUGCAGUUGAUCAUUGUAAAUCUUGAAAGAAGGUGGGAAGCCAUUGUCAUGCAAGCCGUCCAGUGGCAAACACGGCUACAAAAGAAGAUGGGAAAGGAACCUGAGACUUUGAAUGUGAUUGAUCCUGGCUUGAUGGACCUAAAUGGGACAAGUGAGGAUGCCCUGGAAUGGGAUGAAACUGACAUAAGUAACAAGUUAAUUAGUUUGAAUGAAGAAUCGAAUGACCUUGAUCAAGAAUCCCAACCUGUCUUGCCUUCCUUAAAGCUUGAAGAGACAGGUAGUGAGGACCCUGGUUAUGAAGAAGAGGCAGGUGACCACGGGGCAUCUCAGUGUGCAUCGAGUAUCACUGCCCCGUCCAGUCCACACAUUUACCAAGUAUACAGCCUCCACAAUGUUGAGCUCUAUGAAGACAACCACAUCCCAUUCCUGAAAAACAGUCCGACCUUCACUAGCAUGACACAGUCUAGCGUUUUAACUAAGAGUCUCAGUAAAGACUCUUCAUUUUCAUCUGCCAAAUCUUUGCCAGAUCUUCUAGGGGCUUCCAAUUCGGUGAAGCCCUGCCCGUGCCAUGGAGGAGACAUGAGUCAGAAUUCAGGCAGUGAGAGUGGAAUUGUCAGUGAAGGAGACACUGAAACCACUACCAACUCUGAAAUGUGCUUGCACAAUGUGGUGGAUGGGUCCCCAAGUAACCCUGAAACUGAACAUCUGGACCCACAAAUGGGAGAUGCAGUUAACGUGUUAAAGCAAAAGUUUAAAGAUGAGGAGGAACAAAUUAAGCUUCCAAAUAGCUCUCAGUUAUCCAUUUCACCAGUCGGUUGUGUAAAUGGAAAAGUUGGAGAUUUAAACACUGUUACCAAACAUACCCCUGAUUGUUUGGGAGAAGAAUUACAAGGAAAACAUGAUGUGUUUACAUUUUAUGAUUACUCAUACCUCCAAGGCUCAAAACUCAAAUUACCAAUGAUAAUGAAACAGUCACAAAGUGAAAAAGCACAUGUGGAGGAUCCCCUGCUUCAUGGUUUUUAUUUUGAUAAAAAAUCCUGCAAAUCUAAACAUCAGGCUACAGAGUUACAACCAGAUGCACCUCCCCAUGAAAGGAUUUUGGCAAGUGCAUCUCAUGAAAUGGAUCGCAAUUCAUAUAAAAGUGGUGAUGUAGAGAAGACCUUCAGUGGCAUGCAGAAUGCCAAACAGCUCUCCCUUUUAUCUCAUAGUUCCUCUAUUGAGUCUCUUUCUCCAGGGGGUGAUUUAUUCGCAUUGGGCAUCUUUAAAAAUGGCAGUGACAGCCUCCAGCGAAGCACUUCUUUAGAAAGUUGGUUGACAUCCUAUAAAAGCAAUGAAGAUCUUUUUAGCUGUCACAGCUCUGGGGACAUAAGCGUGAGCAGUGGCUCAGUUGGUGAACUGAGUAAAAGAACAUUAGAUCUCCUGAAUCGUUUGGAGAAUAUCCAGAGCCCUUCGGAGCAAAAGAUAAAGCGAAGUGUUUCCGAUAUCACUCUUCAAAGCUGCUCCCAAAAGAUGUCUUUUCCUGGCCAACUGUCAUUGGACAUAGCAUCUUCUAUCAAUGAAGACUCGCCAGCAUCUCUUACAGAACUUAGCAGCAGUGAUGAGCUCUCUCUUUGCUCAGAGGAUAUUGUGUUACACAAGAACAAGAUCCCGGAAUCAAAUGCAUCAUUCAGGAAGCGCCUGCCUCGUUCAGUGGCCGAUGAAAGUGAUGUCAAUGUCAGCAUGAUCGUGAAUGUCUCUUGCACCUCUGCCUGCACUGAUGAUGAAGACGACAGUGACCUCCUCUCCAGCUCAACGCUCACCUUGACAGAAGAAGAACUGUGCAUCAAAGAUGAGGAUGACGACUCCAGUAUUGCAACAGAUGAUGAAAUUUAUGAAGAGUGCAACUUGAUGUCAGGGCUGGACUAUAUAAAGAAUGAGCUGCAGACCUGGAUUAGACCGAAGUUUUCCUUGACAAGAGAUAAGAGAAGGUGUAAUCUCAGUGAUGAAAUAAAGGGCAGUAAGGAUGUAAGUAGUAGUGAGAUGAACAAUUCCUCUGACACCCUGAACAUUGAGGCCCUUCUAAAUGGCUCCAUAAAACAUCUCUCCGAAAAUAAUGGAAAUAGUAAGAAUUUACCCCACACCUGUGAGUUAGGGACAAAGGGUGAAAAUAAGAAAAAUAUUUUCGAAGUUAAUAAAGAUCCAUAUGUGGCAGACAUGGAAAAUGGCAAUAUUGAAACUAUUCCAGAAAGGCAGAAGGACAAACUGAAUGAGAUUUCAAAGGAAUCAGAAAAUCUUGGUUCAACCGGGAAAAGGAUUUCAGAGAGUGAGCAGUGUAAGUGCAGAGCACUUAUGGAUAGCUCAGAUGAUUCAAAUAUUGCUGGAAAGGAAUUUGUUCCCCAGAUGGUUAGACAUGUUCCAAAGAAAUGUCAAAAUCACCACCAUUUUGAAAAUCAAAGUGCUGCUUCUACUCCCACUGAGAAGUCUUGUCCAGAACUGCCUUCAGAAACCAGUGUUAUCAAUAGACAGGACUCUGAGGUACUGAAAUCUUCAUCUAAUGAUGCACCAGAUAUGGCUGGAAAAUCUGCUCGUUGCUGCCUAGCGCUUGAACAAAGCGAAACAGAGGAAACCGUUUCUAUCAGUGACAACGUUUCCUGUUGCAACUGUGACCCAGAUGUUUUCCAUCAGAAAGAUGCCGAAGAUUGUUCCGUACACGACUUUGUUAAGGAAAUCAUUGACAUGGCUUCAACAGCCCUAAAAUGUAAAUCUCAACCUGAAAAUGAGGCAGCUGCUCCUACUUCAUUAACUCAAAUCAAGGAGAAGGUGUUGGAACAUUCCCACCGGCCCAUCCAGCUGAGAAAGGGGGACUUUUAUUCAUACUUAUCUCUCUCAUCUCAUGACAGUGAUUGCGGGGAGGUCACCAAUUACAUAGAAGAGAAGAGCAACACUCCACUGCCACCGGACAUGACUGACUCUGGCUCAGAAGACAAGGAAGACACCGAAUGCUUCUUCGAGGCCUGUGUUGAGGAGGACCCUUCUGAAUACCAGUCCUGUUUCUCCAGCGCUCUUCCAAAUGAACCUGCAGUUCCCAGUGAAGCUCCAGUGCCACUGCAAGCAGCAGCAGGCUCUUCCAAGUUCAGUGAUACUUCUCUCCUCGUCGAUGAUGCAGACGUGAUGGCUCUUUCAGGUCCUCCCCCUCCAAAAAGAGGUGAUGUAGGAAAGGAAGUGGAUGGUUUACCCCAAGCUUCUAAUGUCUAUGGAGAAAGCUCAGAGUUAACUACUCCUUCAAGGCUGAGUGGUGAAAAGGAGAGUUCAGAAAACUCAGGUAAGCCUGGCUGCAACUCAGGGGUGGCCUCAUAUUUCCGCCCUGGGCUGGUCUCUGGUUCCAUCGCGUCACUGCCAUUUGUUACACUGACCUCUCCCAAGAUGAAUCUUUCUUCCGAAUGCGGUUGUCCACAUGAGCCUUGUGAUCUGGAUGUGUGCACUGGUUCUCUUUAGGUGGUUGUCUUUGAAGUUCAGCAAAGCUGCUUGUUCUCCCAUGGAUUCCUGUCCCAAGCUACCUCUACCGACCCCACCUCUCCAGAGAGACUUUUCAGUUUGCCUUCUCCCCUCCCCAUCUACUCUCUAAAAUUCUGGAGUUCACCAAAUUGAUGGUCCAUUAAAUUCACCUGUCUGGAAUGCCCCCCCACUCCCCCGCUGGUACUUGACCAAUUUCACGUUUCAGUCUGGAUUUUUUUAUGCUAUGAUGCCUAUGUUCAUGGAAAGAGGUUUACGUAAAAGGCCAACAUUUGAUUUGAUUGCAGCAUAGGGAAGAAACACUGGCCCUUCUUUCAAAAUUAAGCAACUUUUAAAAGCGCCAUUUUAUUUAUUUCCUUUUAAAAAUAAUAAUCUAUGCAGCACUUCAGGAAACAACUAUAUGGUGUUGUAUAUUAUAAACUGGUGACAUUCUACUAUUAAAUUAUGUACAACAUUUUUGUUUUUUAUGCUUCUUGAGGUGGCAAUGAGAAAAAAGUUUUUUAAAAAAGUGUGCCUUGCUGUAUUUCUUAUACCAUUUAUUAAAAAGCUGCUUUCACGGUAAAAUUAUGUUGGUUUGAAAGGAGGAAAUAGCAAGGUUAAGAUGUGUGAAUAAUUUCUGUAUAUAUGUAUAACCAAGUACAAACACUGAUGUAUAAUGACAGUAUAAAAUGCUUUCAUUUUUGUGAUGUCUAGUGAUGUGGAAAAUAUAAGCCUUAAAUCCAUUAGAUUGCAUGGUAAUUAAAAUUGGCAUAAUAAACAUAGUUUAUUGGGGGAAAAGGAAAAUUAGUGAUCUCUUCUACCUGUGUUCUUUACCAAAUUAUUGCAUCUGGUUCUGGAAAAAUGUGACAUGUAGCAGCUUCCAAAAUAUCCAUAUUGUAUAAGAGACUUAAAAUUACUUAAACUACACAUGAUGCUGUCACAAUUUCCAAAAUCUUUCUGGUAACUAUAAAGAUCUUGGAACGCAAAUGAUUAAAUGCCAGUUCCCCUAAACCAAUAAAAAUUUAUCCUAGAUAUUUUAUUUCUACUUAUCAUUAAUGGUUUAGUGUUGGGUUUCAGGAUACCUAGUAUAUCUUGUAUUUAUUUUAUAUAAUUAUUUUGAAUGGGUUUGAUGGAAAGAUGGUAGAGAAGUAUAAAAAAGUUGAUUAUUUUUUGAUUUAGACUAUAAAUUUCAGGUGUAUUUAUUUUGUGUAAAAGAAAUUAGCUAAGAAAUAUUCCAUUUAGUCUUUAUUGCUCUUGUUAAAUGUAGUUUUGAAUUUAUAUCCUAAUACCUACUAAAGUGCCUGACACACAGUAGGUACUGAAUAAAAACUUGCUGAAUUGAAGUAUUGAAUUAGGUAAUAUGGAUGACAUUUAUCUAUUCAUUUUGAGAAACCUACACUAAAACACUUAUAAACAAUUAGAAAAAUGAUGAAAUGCAAUAUAAAACCAUACAAUAUAUAAUCAGUUUAUAUCAAAUUUCAAAAAGAAACAAUGUAGAUUCAGAUAGUCACAGUAAUGACAAUCAUUCAUUCAACUGAUAAUUCAUUAACAUCUUCUACCUGCAAGGCAUUGUUCUAGAUGCAGGGGAUGCAAUGAUGAACAAACAAAAGCCCUGCCCUCAGGAGGCUUACCUACAUUAUGGACGAGGUGAACACACAGUGAGAUUCAGUAGUUGUCCUGUACAUGAGGAAGAGAAGAAAGCAGUGAAAGAGGCACAAAGACAGAAACAGCAAUGAAGGACAAGGAGGAAAAAAAGGGUUAAAAGAGAGCUGGAAGUUUGACAGUAGAAAAUAGUGCAGCUUUAUUGCAGGGAUAGUAGGAGAAACAGUAAAUUGUGAGACUUAAUGAAAGGUCUUUUAAAAUGUUAGGUUGGAGCUUUUGUAUGUAAUAUGCUAAGUAGUAAGGAAACUUUGUAUCGUCUUUGUUUUGCACCUGAUUUUACUUAUUAUUAGAACUUUAUUAGUACCACACCAAGAACAUUUAAAAAAUAAUAGCCUAUAGUUCUGCCACUUAAUAACUAUUUGUAUUGUUAUGCCUCUUCUAAUCUUUUCCAUACAGAUUUCUAAAUUGAUGAAUCAUUCUAGGCUUUUUAAUGGGCAGGAAUUUGUUCAAAAGGGGUUUUAGGCAGACAUCUAGCUGCAAUAUUCAACACAGGGGAAAGAGAUUAGAGGUAAAUGCCUCGUUAGGGGGCAGCUGUAGAAAAUAAGCUAGGCUCGAGAUUAUCACAGAGUACACAGGGUUAGCAGCCAGACCACAGAGAAGGAACAAAUCCUGGAGUCUCUGAAAUACCUAAGAGCAUUCUGGAGCUCCGUUGAGGUACGGUAUUACUUUAUAUACUGAGACAACCUAAAUUUUCCUUGCGUAGUAAUUAACAAUGCCAAGUUUAAGUCUAUUGGUAAAACAUUUGAAGAGCAAACUGACCGAGAUGUUCUAUUUACCUGUUGUGUGCUCAUUGAAGACUUUGAGGUAUUGAAAAUAUGUGUUUUUUAAUUAUCUGCUUAGUAUUAACACCAAAUUUGUAGCAUGACUUUCCGGUUUAUUGAACAGUGCUUUUUCAGGCUGGAAGUGAUGGAAUAGCCUCACUCCUUCACUCUAGGUAGGCACGACACCCCUGCCCCCCACCAGGCAGCCUUGAAAACGGUCGCACCAACUCUGCCUACACACUUUCAGUGACAGUGGUUCAUUGUCUGUCAAGGCAAGCUGUCCCGCCGUUGGAUGCGUCUCUUUGUUAGAAAGUUAUUUCUUAGGUUGCUAAAAUCUGCAUAGUUCUGCUUUCCCCUCGCCUUUAGUUUUGCUCAGUGGUCCUAGUUCUGUCCUGAUGAGCCGCUCAGAGUAUUUCUGCUCCUUUCUCCUGGCAACCCUGAAGAGAGAGACCAGUUAGUCAUCCUCUCCCAGCUGCUGUGAUUUCUGUUCUUCGGUUCCCUCCACCACCCUUCAUUUGUCAUGAUUUUCAGAUCCAUUUAAACCUGACUGAAUGUUAAGAGGCAGUAUCCUUGAAACUGAGGAACUGUCUUGCCCAUCAUACAUGUAGAAAAAUAUCCGAACAUUUAAGUGGUAAGUUUUCUCUCAGAAUAUAUCCAAGAUAUAUGUUUAUUCUAUUAUUGUAAAUUUCAAUAAAUAAAUAAAUAAGUAAAUAAAUAAGAAUUCAUUACUUCCUUCAGUGGCCCAGUCCA